AUGGAAUACCUUACGCGAGCUCUUCAUGGGGCUACUAAAGACAAGAAUUUCAGGUUCCAUUCGUUAUGUAAGGCUUUAAAUAUAACUAAUCUUUGCUUUGCGGACGAUUUGCUCCUUGUUUGUAAAGCUCAUGCUAGUUCUAUUCAGAUCAUGCAUCAGAGUUUUAGUUCCUUUUCCGUAGCUUCUUGUCAGUGCAUUAAUCAUACUAAGUCUCGCAUAUCCUUUGGGGGUAUAUCUAGUUCUAAGAAGGAGUACCUGUUGAGCCUGUCUAAUAUGACAGAAGGGAAGUUUCCUUUAGUGUAUCUUGGCAUGCCUUUGAGACCUACAAAAUGGAAAGCUAUGGAUUGUGACCUCAUUGUUUCGAAAAUUAGGCAAAGAUUACAUGGUUGGGCUAGUCGUAACUUGUCUUAUGCUUGGCGUGUGCAACUCAUUCAGUCAGUUUUAUUGGGGAUAAGGAAUUAUUUGAUGAGCAUUUUUCUUCUUCCUCAGAAGGUCAUCAAAGAAAUUGACUGUCUUUGCAGGAUCUUCUUAUGGGGUGGUAAUGGCACUAGAAGUAAACUUCACCUUGCCUCUUGGGACCAUGUUUGCAGACCUAAGUCCUAUGGUGGUUUAGGUUUCAAAGAGGGAGUUCUCUGGAACAAAAUUAACCUUGCUAGAUUCAUCUUGGCAAUCACUUCAAAACAGGACAGUCUUUGGGUUAAAUGGGUGAAUGGCAUCUAUUUAAAAGGUGUCUAG